AUGCAUUUCAUUUUCUGUAAUUCAAAGAUGGCUAUCAAGACCUCGAAAUCAUUAUGCAAAUUUGGUAUGAUGCAUAAUAUUUCUGUCAACAUCUUCACCUGGUUGAGAUUUGUGAUUGUAAAAGCGGCAAGCAAGCACAAGAAAAAGCAAGCGAAAAUGAUCCCAGUUAGCUCGUCAUCUGAAGAAAUGGAAAGACAAAUAACAGAAGGAUUAACGAGUGUGAUUUCAUCAUUUUAUGAUAUUGAAGCGACGAUGAAUCCAUUAAACGAAACAUUGAAGCCCGGAAAAACACUGCAUGCUGAGGAGUACUUUGGAGAUCUCACAACGUUUUUUGUUACUUGUAUUGUUGAAUACUCACUCAUUGGUGCAGCAGUGAUGUUUAUUAUGUGGAUGUCAAUUGAUUCAACUCAUCUACAUCAUUCAACACCUCAAAGAGUGAAGAGAAGAAGUCGAAUGAGGAUUGAUUGCAGCCGUUCAUCUACCGGCCUCUUUGGUGGAAUCAUUUUUAUGAUUCUUGCAUUUGUUUCGAUUGGAGUUUACUCGGUGUUUGACAGUAUGCACGACUUGAGCAAUUCAGUUCUCUGUUUCGGUAUUAUCGAUUUGGUGAUGUUUGUUUGGGUGUUUCUCGUGUGCAUCUUCGGCAUUUGGAAGAUGAGAGUGUUACAAUACCGCAAGGAUCACAGUCAUCACAGUGGGGAAAUUCUUGACGAGAUUCUUCUCGUCAUCGGGCUUUUUGGAGAGAUUGUGUACUGUUGCAUUGCUAUUGAUCUUUGGAUUACCACUCAACAAACGAAAGACCCAAUGCCGGGCUAUGAAUUGCCCGUUUACAUCAGCCGUUUAAUGGCCGUUUUUGUGCAAGCUGUUUUUAUUUUCAUAAGUGCAAGAUUGGUGGCUCGUGGCCCGGAUGAAAUCCGUCAAAAACCCGGCAAACAAGCAGUCACAUUCCUCCUUGUCGCCAAUGUGACUCUCUUUUUCUUUGCCACUUAUGAAUCAAUGAAGCCAACCCUUCCCUAUGACAAAUCGGCCGCUGCUUUCCCGUAUAUAAUCUAUGGAGUUUCACCGCUUGUAGUUUUCUAUAGAUUCCACAGCUCUGUCUGCCUUGUCGACAUCUUUAAGCGAACCUAUAACACUAAACCAUCCGAUAUGACAUCAUCAACAUCAAUGGCUACAACAACUUCCACUGGAGCUUCACUUGAACCA